GCGGCCGCUGCCGCCGCCGCCGCCGCCCAAGGCUACGGCGCCUUCCUGCCCUACGCCGCGGAGCUGCCCAUCUUCCCGCAGCUGGGCGCUCAGUAUGAGCUGAAGGACAGCCCUGGGGUGCAGCAUCCGGCCGCGGCCGCAGCGUUUCCGCACCCGCACCCCGCUUUCUACCCGUAUGGCCAGUACCAGUUUGGGGACCCGUCCCGUCCCAAGAACGCCACCCGAGAGAGCACCAGCACGCUCAAGGCCUGGCUCAACGAGCACCGCAAGAACCCCUACCCCACCAAGGGCGAGAAGAUCAUGCUGGCCAUCAUCACCAAGAUGACCCUCACCCAGGUGUCCACCUGGUUCGCCAAUGCACGCCGGCGUCUCAAGAAGGAGAACAAGAUGACUUGGGCGCCCCGCAGUCGCACGGAUGAAGAGGGCAACGCUUACGGGAGCGAGAGGGAGGAGGAAGACGAGGAGGAGGACGAGGAAGAUGGCAAGCGCGAGCUGGAGCUGGAGGAGGAGGAGCUCGUGGGGGAGGAGGAGGACACGGGGGGCGAGGGCCUGGCAGACGACGACGAAGACGAGGAGAUCGAUUUGGAGAACUUAGACGGCACGGCUGCCGGGCCUGAGCUGGCCUUGACGGGGACAGCGCGCAGGGACGGUGACCUAGGCCUGGGACCCAUUUCGGACUCCAAAAAUAGCGACUCGGAAGACAGCACCGAGGGCUUGGAGGAGCGGCCGCUGCCAGUCCUGAGUCUGGCCCCAGCGCCACCGCCAGUGACCGGGACUCCGCCCUCUCCGCCCUCGCCUCCCACCGGCCUAGACCCCUGCGCACCAGCACCCGCUCCCUCCUCGGCCCUGCAGAAGCCCAAAAUCUGGUCCCUGGCCGAGACGGCCACGAGCCCGGACAACCCACGCCGCUCGCCCCCUGGCACAGGAUGUUCUCCUCCUGGGGCAGCGGUCGCACCCCCGGCUCUACAGCUUUCUCCCGCAGCAGCCGCCGCCGCCGCCGCCGCGGCUCACAGACUGGUCUCGGCGCCACUGGGCAAAUUCCCGGCUUGGACCAACCGGCCGUUCCCAGGCCCGCCGCCCGGCCCUCGCCCGCACCCUCUCUCCCUGCUCGGUUCGGCCCCUCAGCACCUGCUGGGACUUCCCGGAGCCGCUGGUCACCCGGCUGCCGCCACCGCCUACGCUAGACCCACGGAGCCCGAGGGCGGAACAGAUCGCUGUAGUGCCUUGGAAGUGGAGAAAAAGUUACUCAAGACAGCUUUCCAGCCCGUGCCCAGGCGGCCCCAGAACCACCUGGAUGCGGCUCUGGUCUUAUCGGCUCUCUCCUCAUCCUAGUUUUUUUCUUUUUUUUUUUUUAAAUACUUUUUAAAUCGUUGUAAUAAUUGUAAAAACAACAACAACAACAAAUCGCUCUGUAUAGUUACAACUUGUAAGCAUGUCCGUGUAUGAAUACCUAAAAAGAAAACUAAACAAAAAAAAAAGAAAGAAAAAGAAAUAAAAUCAGUCCCCCUCAUCCCUCCCCAAGUCGAUUCUGUGCCACCCCACAUUAACUGCCAUUGUCAGGUUGGUUUGUUCGAUUGAUUUGGGGAGGGGGGUGGAGUUUCAGUGAGAAUAAGCGUGUCUGACUGUUUUGUAUAUACAGAAAAAUGUACAUAUGUGUGAACCAAAUUGUACAAGAAAGUAUCUAUUUUUGGCUAAAUAAAUGAGCUGUUGCCACUUUGACUAUA